GACGCAUGAAUAAGAACAUGAAUCUUGGGAGUUUCCGAAUCCAAGAGAGGUUUCCGAUUAACAUUCACCUCGACCCACUUCAGCUUUUCCUCCACUGAGCCAAAAGUUCCUGUCUUUUUUCAAGCUUUUCGUUGUUUCACCGAGUGACUGACUCAGUAGUGAGUGAUGGGGAAGGUUGCUGUUGGAGCUGCAGUGGUGUGCGCCGCCGCCGUGUGUGCAGCUGCUGCUGCUGCCGCAGUGGUGCACCACCGAAAGAAGAGCUCAGGGAAGUGGGGUCCGGUGGAGGCUAUGGUGAAGGAGUUUGAGGAACAGUGUAGUAGCCCAAUUGGGAAGCUGAGGAAGAUUGCUGAUGCUAUGGAGGUUGAGAUGCAUGCUGGUCUUGCAUCUGAAGGUGGUAGCAAGCUCAAGAUGUUGAUCUCCUAUGUUGACAAUCUCCCAUCUGGGGAUGAGAAAGGAUUCUUUUAUGCAUUGGACCUUGGUGGCACCAACUUCCGUGUCCUUCGUGUGCAGUUAGGUGGAAAAGAGAAAGGCGUUGUUAGCCUACACUCUGAAGAGGUUUCAAUUCCUCCUCAUUUGAUGACUGGUUCUUCACAUGAGUUAUUUGAUUUUAUAGCAACAUCUCUUGCCAAGUUUAUUAGUUCUGAACCUGAAGAGUUCCAUCCUCCCCCUGGCAAACAAAGAGAAUUGGGUUUUACCUUCUCGUUUCCAGUUAGGCAAACAUCUAUUGCAUCUGGGACUCUAAUAAAGUGGACUAAGGGUUUCAGAAUUGAGGAUGUGGUCGGAGAAGAUGUGGUGGGUGAGCUAACCAAGGCCAUGAAAAAAACUGGCCUGGAUAUGCGUGUUGCAGCUCUAAUUAAUGAUGCUGUUGGAACCUUAGCUAGAGGUAGAUUCAGCAAUCAGGAUGUCAUUGCUGGAGUGAUUCUUGGUACUGGAACAAAUGCAGCAUACGUCGAGCGUGCAAAUGCAAUUCCAAAAUUGCAGGGUUCUCUACCUAAAUCAGGAGACAUGGUUAUAAACAUGGAGUGGGGUAAUUUCUGUUCGUCAUAUCUUCCCCUAACAGAAUAUGACCGAGCUCUAGAUGCAGAGAGCUUAAACCCCGGAGAACAGAUUUUCGAGAAGAUGAUUUCUGGUAUGUAUUUGGGGGACAUUGUAAGGAGAGUAUUAUUCAGGAUGGCCGAAGAAGCUGACUUCUUUGGAGAUACAGUUCCUCGCAAGUUGAGAAUUCCUUUCAUACUUAGGACGCCUGACAUAUCUGCUAUGCAUCAUGAUACAUCGUCAGAUUUGAAGGUGGUUGGCAAUAAAUUGAAGGAUGUAUUAGAGAUUGAUAAUACAUCCCUAAAAAUGAGGAAGAUUGUAGUGAAACUCUGUGAUAUUAUUGCUAUCCGUGCUGCCCGCGUUGCUGCUGCUGGUAAUUUUAGCAUUCUCAAGAAAAUAGGACGAGACACAGUAAAUGCUGGUAAGAAACAAAAAACAGUGAUAUCAUUGGAUGGAGGAUUGUUUGAGCACUACAAUAAAUUCCGGACAUGCUUGGAGAGCACAAUAAAGGAGUUAUUGGGAGAUGACGGAGCUGAGACAAUUGGCAUUGAGCAUUCUAAUGAUGGCUCUGGAAUUGGAGCAGCCCUCCUAGCUGCUUCUCACUCCCAGUAUUUAGCAAUGGAGGAUUCUUGAAGAUGUGGGUGAUGCUGAGGUAAACAAGUGUAAUACUAGUUUCAAAUUUUUGUACACCUAAUAGAUCAACAGAUAGAUGCAGCAAAGCCUGAGUUUCCGGCCUUAUAGAGCUUUUGACUAGAGCGCGGACCAGGUCAUUGUGUUCUGGCUGGAACCUUGUUGCUUCUUGGCUAAUGCUGGGGGCAUCAUUAGGUUAUAGUGUUUGUCUCACUCUCCCACGUUAAGGAAGAAUAAAGAGGAGAUGUAUCAUGUAAGCUUUUGAGUAGUCAUGCUUUUGCCAAUGUAAUAUGUUCCAAACUAUAAUAAAUCAAAUAAGACAAAAUUGAAAGAUUUUAAGUGAGUUAUCAA